AUGAAGACCUACGUCGCACUUUUAGCCCUCGUGGCCGUGGCUGCCGCCAACCCCCUGCCUUUGGUGCAAAUCAUCGUGAAUGUCGAUGGUCCCGCCAGUGGAAACCCUGUUCUGAUUGAGGACAACACACCACCGGAAACUAUCAUCGUCCCCACCCCCGUUUUGCCCGAAAUCGUGCCUGAGCCCAUCGAACUUCCCCAGCCUGUCCUACCUGAGAUCGUACCAGAGCCCAUCGAACUUCCCCAGCCUGUCCUUCCUGAGGUCGUACCUGAGCCCAUCGAACUUCCCCAGCCUGUUCUUCCUGAAGUCGUACCUGAACCCAUCGUACUUCCCGAGCCCGUUCUUCCCCAGCCCGUACCUGAGCCCGUCCAACUUCCCCAGCCCGUUCUUCCCGAGAUUAUCCCCGCCCCCAUCGUUCUCCCCUCACCCGUACAGCCCGUCAUCGUUCCUGAGCCCGUGAUCCUUCCCGGUGAACUCAACUAAAGUAUAAACUGUGCAACUUAGCUUCUGAGUUCAUUCUAAACAAAAGGUACUCGCAUUUAGGUGCGACACCUUACGUACUUCUUAUUUUUACUGAAUG